ACAACCGAGCGAUAGUGGACUCAUCAAAGACUCACUCUAUUUAUAUAUAAAUUGAGGGAGUCAGUACGCUAUUUCGUUUCAAUUAGCAUGAAAAUUUGGAAGUCUGAAUACGUUUUCAAUCACCCAUGGGAGACAGUGUCUGAGGCUGUAUGGCGGAAGUACCCAAAUCCUCACAAGCCCGAAAUAAUGGGGACAGACAUUCUUGACAGACAAAUUGAUUCUGGAGUUCUUCGUUCACAGCGUCUCAUUGCAUCUCGCUUUGGUCUGCCAGUUUGGUCCAGAAAGAUCUUGGGCACUGAGGACAUAUGCUAUGGCUUCGAAACAUCAGAAGUAAACCCUGGGAAGCAGAUGAUGUCCUGUACUACUAAAAAUUUGACAUUUAGCCACACGGUGACGAUGUUGGAGCGCAUGGUAUACAGAGCUGCCCCUCCAGCCCCUGGCAGCACCCAGCCCCGCACUGUGAUGGAGCAAGAGUUCACCGUGACAGUGCAUGGCAUCCCACUUGCCAGCUACCUCGAGGACACCAUACUUGGCAGCUUGGCUAGAAACGCAUUCAAGGGUCGUGAAGCAAUGGAAUGGACAAUAGAUAACAUCAAGAAGGGUUGGCCCAGCUCUGCUUCAACGACUCAAGAAACUUCCUGUAGUGAGAUCAAUGCCAGCAAAGUAUUCAACUUGGCCAUGGUAGAUGAAAUGUCAGACAUAGCCAAGAAAUCUGUGGAUGAAUUCAGCGAGUUGGCAAUCAAAUCUGUGGAUGAGCUCAGUGGCAAAGCUCUCAAAUCUGUGGAUGAGCUUAGUGGCAAAGCUCUCAAAUCUGUGGACGAGUUCAGUGGCAAAGCUCUCAAAUCUGUGGACGAGUUCAGUGGCAAAGCUCUCAAAUCUGUGGACGAGUUCAGUGGCAAAGCUCUCAAAUCUGUGGAUGAGUUCAGUGGUAAAGCGCUGAAGUCAGUGAGGCAUGAACGUCAUUUUGAUGAACUUUUUAAUUUAUUUUUAUGAUUUGAAGCCAUUACUUAGGUAGGUAAUUUGUUAUUAUUAGAUUCAAAUUAUCUUGAUGGCUGAUGAUUGAGGGAAGUUAUGCUUUCAGGUAUUAACAGUAUUGGCGAAUUACCAAUUUGAUAUUCUUCAUCUAAACUAUUCUAAAGUAACAGUUAUUGAAACUGUUUUGGGGGAUAUACUUGAUAUGAGGAUAUACUUAAUUUGGGGAUAUACCAAACUGUAUUUGUGGGAUAUGUUUUGGGGGAUAUACUGUAUUUGGGGGAUAUUCUUAAUUUUUGUGUAUAAUUUUUUCAUUGGUCAGAUUAUUUCGGAAUUCGGUACGAUUAGCUUCCAGUAAUUGUUGCAAUUGAGGUCUAGUUUGUAAAAUUAUAUGCUGAACACUUAAGACUCCUCUCUGGGCGUAUACGUGAUGUUCGCGACCGUUUCAAUGCAAUUCAUUAAGUUUGUAGUACCGUAUAUGUGCUGGUCGAAAUUGUACUUUGCUGUAAGAUAUUUCUGUGCUGGCAGUUGUGACUGGUGCUGUUUCUGUGAGAUUUUUGAGUUGCCUGACACUCGACGUGCCAUUCCUUAAACAUGAACCUAAGGUAGUGUGAACUAAGAAAAUAAAGGAGCUGGCUCUCCUUGCUAGGUUCAUGCCGAGGAUAAUUUUGAAUCGUACAAAUUAUGUCUACCUAAGAGGAGGCUUACGGCAUCAAGCUUGUAUUUAUUAUAUUUUUUAUAGACAUGAUUUCCUCCAUCAAUUAACGUCAACUUCAAGAACUCGAUUGUGAAAAUCCUUGAUUGCUAAACCAAUUCAAAUACCUUGAUAGAAUGUGCAUAUUUUAACUCAAUAUUUAUGAGCACAAUGUAUAUUUUAUGUUUAACUAUAAUGAUCUAAAUGGUUUUAAUGUAAAUUCCUUGAUAUGAACCUGUCACCUUCAUGUUUUGUCGUUUCUUCAAAGCAUCUUCACUCCACCUGCAAAGACUAUACUUGAGUAUUGUGCAACUCCUAAAAUGGCAUCACUAAACUCCCUUUCCAACGCUUCGCCUAUUUUGAUUGCAAAAUUGGGCUAAACCUGAGCUCGUCAGUCUCAGUUCUCGUCCGUGCAAUGUAAAGCCAGUGGUUUUUGGUCAGGGUUUAAGUCUUCCAGAAGUGUACCUAAGUUUCCCUGCCCAUUGACACACCAUCUAUCGCUUGUAUUUUCCCCACAAAAUAUUUGUUUAGCAUUCCUAAGCUGUAAUCUGAACUGCCAUAUCACUAACACUACAAGUGGGGCGUGCAUGACGUAAUUUGUUGAUAAGAAAUGUUCAAGAGGCGUUCAAUUGAUUGUAAACGGUCAGUUCAACUUGGUCUUACCGUCAAACUUUGAAUAGAGUUUUCAGUCUGAAGAGACAUUUUCUUUUUAACAAUUCGAACUAAUUACCUAUUCACAUUUGAUUCAUACCUUGACCAGGUCAUGUAUGUACCAGCAUUUAAUUUCACAUGCAUUUGUUGUUAGGGUAUAUUUAAUCCAGUACUAUCAAGAAGGUUGUUUUGUUUCUGAAAUCGUGGGAUAAUUUUAUUCGUGUACGGAAGUGAGAAUCUUAUGUGAAUAAUGUGGCAAUUGACGUGUGUCCUAGUGAGGCUAUGAAUUUGUAUCGCUAAGUAUGUUCAGCGCUGCAACGCGCACCUCAAUUAUUUGUACUAUAAAACAACUAACCGCUUUACGAAUCCGCGCGUAUAAUAAUUACUGGUUAUUUCAUGGCUUUCAGAUUACGUGAAUAUAGCUAAUGUAUAUAUAAAUUAUGCAUCGA